UAUAAUGAUUGGCAGACUAACACUACCUAGCCAACAUCUUCAACUUCUGUUACUAUUAGUGACACAAAAAUGGCGGUUGAAGGUGUAAAUUCAUUGAGGUUAUCUCAAACAAAAAACCUCAUAAUCCAAGUUAUCACAGGACGAUGGUUCGUGGUGUUUGCUUCUUUUCUAAUCAUGUCAGCUUCAGGAGCCACCUACAUGUUUGGUCUUUACUCUAGUACCAUAAAAACAUCCUUAGCCUAUGACCAAACAACUCUUAACCUCCUUAGUUUCUUCAAAGACUUAGGUGGCAACCUUGGUGUUUUCUCUGGCUUAAUCAAUGAAAUCACACCACCUUAUGUUGUUCUUGCAAUUGGUUCCCUUCUUAACUUCUUUGGUUACUUUAUGAUAUGGUUAGCAGUGACUAAAAAAAUACCAAAACCGAAAGUUUGGCAAAUGUGUCUUUACAUUUGUAUAGGUGCUAAUUCUCAGUCUUUUUCAAACACUGGUUCACUUGUUACUUGUGUUAAGAAUUUCCCCGAAACUCGUGGUGUUGUGUUGGGGAUUUUAAAAGGUUAUGUUGGUCUUAGUGGUGCUAUUAUCACACAACUUUAUUCUGCUAUUUAUUUUGAUGACCCAAAAGCUUUGAUUUUGCUUAUUGCUUGGCUUCCAGCUGCAAUUUCCUUUCUUUUUCUUCGAACAAUUCGAUACAUGAAACCGGUUAAACAGAACAACGAACUUGGUGUUUUUUACAAGUUUUUGUAUAUUUCACUCGGUCUAGCUGGUUUUUUAAUGGUUAUGAUCAUAUUACAGAAAAAAGUGUCUUUUAAACAGAGUGAGUAUAUUGGAAGUGCUUCAGUUGUUCUAAUUUUGCUGUUCCUACCUCUUGCUGUUGUCUUUGUUGAACAGAAAAAGAGUCAAAAGCUUGCAUUUGUCGAUCCAUUUUCAGUUAAAAUAGUAACUGAUCAAGAAGUGAAAGAGUCUGCAGCAAAAAAUUGUGAUACUAAUGCAAUGGUUUGUGUUGUUGAAGUAAAAGAAACUAGAUGGUGGCAAAAUAUUUUUAGUCCACCUGAACAAGGUGAAGAUUUUACUAUAUUACAAGCCCUUUUCAGCAUAGACAUGUUAUUGCUAUUCUUUGCUGGCACAUGUGGUGUUGGUGGAACUUUAACAGCAAUUGAUAAUUUAGGUCAAAUUGGAACCUCACUUGGAUACCCAAAAACAAGCAUAAGCACAUUUGUUUCAUUAGUGAGUAUUUGGAAUUAUCUAGGAAGAGUUUUUUCUGGUUUUGUUUCUGAACAUGUUUUAACAAAGUACAAAUUUCCACGACCACUCAUGUUCACAUUGAUUAUGUUUUUAUCCUGUGUCGGUCACUUAUUGAUAGCCUUUGAUGUGCAAAAUGGCAUCUAUUUUGCUUCAGUAAUCAUUGGAUUUUGUUUUGGUGCACAAUGGCCAUUGGUUUUUGCCAUAAUUUCGGAGUUGUUUGGGUUGAAAUAUUAUUCAACUUUGAUGAACUUUGGUGGGGUAGCUAGUCCAAUUGGAUUAUAUUUUCUUAAUGUUAGGGUCGCUGGUCAUUUAUAUGACAAAGAAGCUAAGAGGCAAUUGAUUGAAAAAGGAGUAAAAAGAAAAUUGGGUCAGGAAUUGAAUUGUGUAGGAGCAAGUUGUUUCAGAUUGUCUUUCAUUAUUAUCACUGCAGCUACUUUGUUUGGUGCCAUUAUUUCACUUAUUUUAGUGGCCAGAACAAAUAAGUUUUAUAAAGGUGAUAUAUACAAGAGGUACCGAUCAGAGCAGGUUGAAGUUGAAGGAGCUACGGCUGAGAUGACGGUGGUCCAAAAUGACGGCAAGAGAGGAAAGGAAGAAGCAAAAGCUACAGUGAUGUGAUUGAUUCAUUGAUGUAUAGGGGUUGAAUGUUGAAUGUUGUUGAAUGUUGAUUGGUGUUUGAAUGUUGAUUUAUAAGCAAAUUUCACUACCACUAGGACGACAAUGACUAGGAACCGAAAAAAAAAUUCAAUCCAUUUUUGUGUCUAUAGUAUAGGACCGCUUUCUUUUUCAAUACCCAUCUUUCACUGUACUCAUGUGAUAAAUAUAGGGAAUCAAUUAUAAUAUCUAAUUUUGGCUAUACAUGAAUGAAUUUUGUGUAUUCAACUUUGGCA